AUCAUGAUCGAGUUCUGCCCGGGCGGGGCGGUGGAUGCCACCAUGCUGGAGCUGGACCGGGGCCUGACUGAACCCCAGAUUCAAGUCAUUUGUCGCCAGAUGUUGGAAGCCCUCCAUUACCUCCACAGCAAAAAGAUCAUCCACCGUGACCUGAAGGCAGGCAACGUGCUCCUCACCCAGGAUGGGGACAUCAAGCUUGCUGACUUUGGAGUGUCUGCCAAAAAUGUGAAAACCUUGCAGAAGCGAGACUCCUUCAUUGGAACCCCUUACUGGAUGGCCCCAGAGGUGGUGAUGUGCGAGACCAUGAAGGACACUCCGUAUGACUACAAGGCAGACAUCUGGUCCCUGGGAAUCACGCUGAUUGAAAUGGCCCAGAUCGAGCCUCCCCAUCAUGAGCUCAACCCCAUGAGAGUCUUGCUGAAGAUUGCCAAGUCCGAUCCCCCCACGCUCAGCUGCCCUUCCAAAUGGUCCCUGGAGUUCAGAGACUUCCUGAAGACAGCGCUGGACAAGAACCCAGAGACCCGGCCCAGUGCUGCCCAACUGCUGGAGCAUCCCUUUGUCAGCAAGGUGACCAGCAACCGGGCUCUGCGUGAACUGGUGGCUGAGGCCAAGGCUGAGGUGAUGGAAGAGAUUGAGGACAGUCGGGAUGAAGCGGAAGAAGAUGACUCAUCGGAGUCUGCCUCGCCCCCCGGUAAGCACAAGCGGGACCCCUCUGAGGCGAGUCAGCUGAGUUUUGAUGGGGAGAAGCCUCUGGACUCUUCCUUGCCCAAGGCAGUGAAUGGGCCUGUGGGCACUGUCAAGGAGACCACAGGUGGACAGAGUGAUAAAGUCUCAGGUGAAGGGAUAAGCAGUGACAAUGACAAACUGGAGAGCAACCACUCCACAAAAAACCUUGCAAGCUCUACCAUCACAGCCACCCAGGGCAAGCCAGACAUCAUCUUGCAGCCUGAGCGGCUGGGUAACUCAACGGAGCGGGACAAGCAGCCUCAGCCAGGCAGCAAGGAGCGGAAGAGCAUCGGGGAGCGACCAGAGAGUAGCAACCUGGAGAACUUCACAGAGGAGAAGCUUGCCAAUGGGAGCUUGGAUCCCCCAGCUCCGUUCUCCAGCAGCCGGUCCAAAGGGGAUUCAGAUUCUGGCAGCACUUCGGCCUCUGAAAGCAUGGACCUUACCAUCUCCCUGUCUGCUGACUUGUCCCUCAACAGAGAGAGUGGGUCCAUCUCUCUGAAGGAUUCCCGGAUGCACAAGAAGACGCUGAAGCGCACCCGCAAGUUUGUGGUGGAUGGAGUAGAGGUGAGUGUCACCACCUCGAAGAUAAUCAGUGAGGACGAGAAGAAGGAUGAAGAGAUGAGAUUUCUCAGGCGCCAGGAGCUGCGGGAGCUGCGUCUCCUUCAGAAGGAGGAGCACCGAAACCAGGCCCAGCUCAACAGCAAACACCAGCUGCAGCUGGAGCAGAUGCUCAGGCGCUUCGAGCAAGAAAUGACGACAAAGAAGAAGUUCUAUGACACUGAACUGGAAAACCUCGAACGGCAGCAGAAGCAGCAGAUUGAGAAGAUGGAACAAGAUCACUCGCUGCGUCGGCGGGAGGAGGCCAAGCGCAUUCGCCUGGAGCAGGAGCGGGAUCAUGUCAAAUUCACGGAGCAGUUGAAGCAGAUGAAGAAGGAGGUUAAGAACGAGAUUGAGAAGCUACCACGGCAGCAGCGUAAAGGGAACAUGAAGGUGAAGAUGGAUGACUUUGCCCAGAAAAAACAAACCAUGGAACAGGAGUUUUUGGCCAAGCAGAAGGAGGACCUGGAGCUAGCCAUGAAGAAUAUAACCUCCCAGAACAAAAAAGAGAUCUGCGACAAGGAACGCGAGUGCCUGAACAAAAAGCAGCAGCUCAUGAGAGACCGGGAGGCAUGCAUCUGGGAUCUCGAAGAGCAUCAGCAACAGGAGAAACAUCAGCUUGUCAAGCAGCAGCUAAAGGACCAGUAUUUCCUCCAGAGGCAUGAGUUGCUCCGGAAGCAUGAGAAGGAAAGGGAGCAAAUGCAGCGAUACAACCAGCGCAUGUUAGAGCAGCUGAAAAUUCGACAGCAGCAGGAGAAAGCCCGGCUCCCCAAAAUCCAGCGGAGUGAAGGGAAGACACGCAUGGCCAUGUACAAGAAGAGCCUUCACAUCCACUCCAGUGGAAGUGCAGCUGAGCAGCGGGAGAAGAUAAAACAGUUUGCUCAGCAGGAAGAGAAGAGGCAAAAAGCAGAGCGGCUGCACCAGCAGCAGAAGCACGAGACACAGAUGAAGGACAUGCAGGCCCAGUGCGAGAGCAACAUGAAUGAGCUCCAGCAGCUGCAGAAUGAAAAGUGUCACCUCUUGAUUGAGCAUGAAACCCAGAAGCUUAAGUCCCUGGAUGAGAACCACAACCAGCACAUGAAGGAGUGGCGAGACAAACUGAGGCCACGGAAGAAGGCCCUGGAGGACGAGCUGAAUCAGAAGAAGCGUGAGCAGGAGAUGUUCUUCAAGCUGAGUGAGGAAGCAGAUGGACAGACACCAGGAUCCCCAACCAAACAUGCCAAGUUUGUCCUGUUCAGCUCCACAGAGAGCUCAUAACACACUGCAGCUGGCAGGCCACCAGCUGAAACUUGCUGCGUCCUCCUGGGCUGCAGGUGGGCAACUUGGACUUGG